UUGGUCAAUCGUUACCUCAAAAUUUUGCGUGAAGGUAACGCCAACCCGCAAGAAAUUGUCGCCAUCACCUUCACAGAGAAAGCCGCCGCCGAGAUGAAGGAGCGAAUUAUUGAAGAGCUGUCGCCUCAAGAAAAACGUGAUGGUUCAGAACAGGACAAUUCGCUACAAGGCUUUCGCGAAAAGAUGAGCACGGCACACAUCUCAACUAUCCACGCAUUCUGCUCACGUAUCCUGCAAGAAUUCCCCUUCCAAGCGGGUGUACCCGCCAACUUCAGCAUCCUACAAGGCAUCGAUCAGAAACUCUCACUACAGCAAAUCAUUACGGGAACCCUCAAGGACAUUGCCAUAAACCCUAACCAUCCACACCGCGCAGAACUCACUCGACUCCUACGACGCUAUGGUGGACAGAAAAAACUGGUGGAUUUCUUCGCCACUAUGAUAAAUCAACGGGAUGUCCUCGAACACCUAAUACAGGAGAUUUAUAGUAAUCCAAACGAUACAGAGAUACGCAAAGGCUUGCAACAGCAGGUCCACGACACAUUGAUGUCAGCAAUGGAUGCCCCCGAAUUCAUCCGAUGUUUAAAUGCUGUUUUGCAGGUUGCAACUGGUAAAAAUGCAGCGGCAGUUAGAGACUUGACCCAACAGUUAGAAAUACUAUAUGGGAAAAACCCAGAUUCUCCUGAAGUACCGAAGUUACUUAGACAAAUUGCUGAUCCAAUUACAAUUAAAAACGGUAACAUCGCGAAAGCCGCUUUCAUCGGUACACGUGUUGACACAACGGAUAUUGACACCGAAAUCAAUGGGUUGGUAUCCGCUGCGAAAAAAAUUAAAGCACUACCACUCCUUGAAAACGAAAAAGAUGAUGAUAAAACAGGCAAUGUUGAAACCGAUGAUGAUUUCCUGCUUAGCACAAUCCGCGACUUACUCACACUAUACACCCGAAUCUCGGAGGCGUACAGAAUUGCCAAACUCUCCCAAGGUAAACUCGACUUUGCUGACCUACAGCUGAAAACCCGGGAUCUCCUUCGCGACAACGAAGAAAUCCGACAGAAAUUGGUAUCCCAACACAAGUACUACAUGGUAGACGAAUAUCAGGAUACAAAUAAACUACAGUACGAAUUAGUGAUGUUGCUGACAAAUAAACUCAAAAGCGCAAAUCUUUUCAUCGUCGGCGAUCCGAAACAGAGUAUUUACAGAUUCCGCGGCGCAGAUGUCAGUAUAUUUGAAAAAACACGAAAAGAAAUCGAAAAAAAUGGUGGGCUUGAUAUUCCCCUUACAGAGAAUUUCCGAUCCUUGCGUGAUACCGUCGGGUUCGUCAAUUACUUUUUCAAUCGCUUGAUGGGUGACGGAAAAGAGACUGAAUUUGAAGUGCAGUAUGAGCCGCUUACGCAAGCUCGACCCGUCAAGGCAAACGGCGCAGUUGAAAUUCUGCUUGACAAACAGGACGAGGAGGCAGCGAGUGAAUACUCGCUUAUCGCACAGCACAUCAUAAACAUGAAAGCAAACAGAGAAACAGUGUGGGUACGUAGUACCAGUGAAGAGAACAGGGGCAUGGAAGUGGAACGUCCGAUCCAGUACGGUGACAUUGCCAUCCUCAUCCGGAGUAGAAGGCAUCUCCCCGAUAUUGAACAUGCUCUACAUGAAGCAGAUAUACCCUACCUCACCACUGGCGGUGUUGGUUUCUAUCAACGGCAGGAAAUCUACGACAUCUGGAACUACCUCCACUUCCUCGAAGCACCCACAAAAAAUCAAACAUCUCUCGCCGCAGUUCUCCGCGGUCCCGCUUUCGGUAUCUCCGACACUGAACUCUAUGAAAUUUCACCCCAGGAUGAGGAAAAUUUCUGGGAUCAUGCGCAGUGUUAUCAAGAUCGGUCUCAUAACCUUAAUCGCGCGAUAACCACUUUAAAAAGGCACAGUCAGUUUGCACACCGAAUGCCUGUAAACCAACUCAUCCUAACCCUCGUUAAUGAGACAGGAAUGAUUGGAACGUUGCGAACGGGGAAAUACGGACAACAACGCUGGGCAAACUACCAAAAACUCCUGGAACUUGCCAGAAAUUUUGACGGAGAUGAAAACAAGCAAACCCUUCCGGACUUUAUUGAAUUUCUGGAUACAUUAAUUACGGAGGAACCCCAAGAGGGAGAAGCACCCGUUGAGGCAGGUAGCGGCGCGGUCCAAAUUAUGACGAUCCAUGCCGCCAAAGGGAAGCAAUUCCCAAUCGUCAUCCUCCCAAGGCUUGACCGGAAAGGGCAAACGGACAUGGAACCUUUCAUUGAUGAGGCACUCGGUAUCGGCUUCAGUCCCCUUAAUCCCGAUAACGACUACAAAAAAACUGAACCAGAGAUUGUUACACACAUGAAAAAUCGGGCAGACGAGAAAGAGAUUGCCGAAAAUAAACGUUUGUUUUAUGUCGGGACAACACGUGCUUGCGAUCGGCUCAUCUUAUCAGGAACCCUCCCAGCAGCGAACAUGCUUGGUUGGCUCCACAAACACCUCGACAUUGAUGAAGAGGACAGUUCACUGAACCUACCUGUCACGUUGGAAGUGUUCACAGGGAACGGCACAAGUUCUCAAUAUUUCCAACUCCAAAUUCCGAUUUAUCAAGCACUUGCGGGGAAUGACCCUGCGGACGAGGUUCCCGACGAAACAGCACCUGUUGAUUUUCCUGAGUCUCUACGAAAACUGGAACCAACCGGUACUUCCGCUGCCUUUUCUGUCUCUGAACUCGCUAAUUAUGCCCGAUGUCCGUUACGGUAUCAAUUGGAAAAUGUGCUGCGAAUUCCGGUAAACGGGCAAGAAGAUGCCGACGCAAAUGAAACUGAGAUGGAUGCCGCUCUUCGCUACACGCUCACACAAAUAAGACGGCGAUCAGAUGUGGAAAAUCUUGAUGCUACGAUUGAUAAGGCACUUGAAAAUUAUCCUGAAGCAACGACUAAAUCAACAGCGGCACUUCGUACACACGUUAACAAUUUUAUCAGCUCCGAACUCGGUGAAACGGCAUUCUCUGCAUCCACGAUUCACACCAAUCAGCACAUUCACGCAGACAUCAACGGACACAUCGUUGAUGGUAGGGUCGACAAACUCUUUAAAGAUGAAACAGGAAACUGGCAGGCAUGGCAACCUACCUUUGCGGGUACGUGGCGCGACGAUUUUGAAGACAAAGACAUUCGUGAAUGGAAAAUUUUUAACAUCGACCGACAAGUUGAGAAGUGGUGGGUUAAUGAUGGCGAAGCCGUCGGCGAAAUCUUCCUACCCGGUUUCAUGAGUCUCUGGACCACAGGUGAACUCACAUGGAAGAACUACUCUUUCUCCUGUCGCGCAAAGUUAGUGAAAGACAAGAACGAACCCCCAAGCAUCGGGCUGACACUCCACGACAGAGGUGAGGAGGAUACCCGUUAUCUCUUUUUUAUAGACUAUGUUUUCGGCACCGUCCGAAUCGUCAAAGCACUUCGAGAUAACUGGUUUCCCGUCAUCUAUCCAUUUGACGCCGAAAUCGAUAAGUGGUACGAACUAACUGCCACCAUCCACGAAGACGGCAGGCUUGAAUUUCAAGUUGACGACGAGAUAUUUACCAUUAUUGACGAUGACCCCUUAAAAGGCGGACAAGCCGGGCUUGUUGUCGCGGACGGGCAGGCACGAUUUGAUGAUGUCGAAAUCACAGGUCCGAAUAUCGACAAUGGGGGUCCGGGGAAAGCACGUCCCGUCGAGCCGAAAACCAAACUCGCAACCACAUGGGGACAAUUGAAAAGCAGAGAGUAA